AUGGCGGUGUGCGCGCGGCUGUGCGGGGUGGGGCCGUCGCGGGGCUGCCGGCGGCGCGGAGCGCAGCGGGAGCAGCGGCGGGAGGGCCCGGCUGACAGCGAGCCCGACACGGACGCCGAGGAGGAGCGGAUCGAGGGAGCCCGGCUGGGACCAGGGGAGGCUCCGGCCCCCGCCCCGGCCGCCCGGGCCCCGCUCUCCCUGCUGGAGCUGCCCCCCGAGCUCCUGGUGCAGAUCUUCGGCUCCCUGCCCGGCACCGACCUGCCCAGCCUGGCCCGGGUCUGCAGCACCUUCCGCCGCAUCCUCCGCACCGACACCAUCUGGCGGCGGCGCUGCCGCGAAGAGUAUGGCGUCUGCGAGAACUUACGGAAACUGGAGAUCACAGGAGUGUCCUGUCGAGAUGUCUAUGCCAAACGUAUAAAUCCACGAGUGAAGUCGGGGCGUUUUAUGAAAAUCCUUCCCGACUACGAACACAUGGAGUACAGAGAUGUUUACACCUGCCUGCUGCACCGAUACCGACACAUCUUGGGACUGUGGCAGCCAGACAUUGGGCCGUACGGGGGACUGCUGAACGUGGUGGUAGAUGGCUUGUUUAUCAUUGGCUGGAUGUACUUGCCCCCUCAUGACCCUCACGUGGAUGACCCAAUGAGGUUCAAGCCCCUUUUCCGGAUUCACUUAAUGGAGAGGAAAAGUGCGACUGUCGAGUGUAUGUACGGCCACAAGGGGCCCCACAAUGGCCAUAUCCAGAUUGUAAAGAAGGACGAAUUCUCCACGAAGUGCAACCAGACAGAUCACCAUCGAAUGUCAGGAGGAAGGCAGGAGGAAUUCCGGACGUGGCUGAGGGAAGAAUGGGGCCGGACUCUGGAGGAUAUCUUCCAUGAGCACAUGCAAGAGCUCAUCUUGAUGAAGUUCAUCUACACCAGCCAAUACGACAACUGCUUGACGUACCGACGCAUCUACCUCCCUCCUAGCAGCCCUGCCGACCUCUUAAAGCCAGGUCUCUUCAAGGGAACUUACGGGAGCCACGGCUUGGAGAUUGUCAUGCUGAGUUUUCAUGGGAAGAAAGCCAAAGGCACUAAAAUAACGGGAGAUCCCAAUAUCCCAGCUGGCCAGCAGACGGUGGAGAUCGACCUGGCGCACCCCAUCCAGCUCCCUGACAUCGAGAACCUGCGCAACUUCAAUGAGCUCUCCCGCAUCGUCCUGGAGGUGCAGGAGCAGGUGCGCCGGGAGCAGCAGCAGGAGGAGGAGGAGGAAGGGCAGGACGAAGAGGAGGGCCGCUCCCGACAGGGUGACUCGCAGCAAGCCGAGCAGCCUGCGCAGAAGGACGAUGCUGGGGCUGAGGGGACUGAGGCGGCGGGGACAGCAGCAGCCCCGGAGUCGGCGCCAACCUCGCAGCCUUUCGUGCUGCCCGUGGGAGUCAUAUCAAGGAACGAGGAUUAUCCCCGGACCUGCCGGAUGUGUUUUUAUGGCACGGGGCUCAUUGCCGGACAUGGCUUCACCAGCCCUGAACGAACGCCGGGCAUCUUCAUUCUCUUCGAUGAUGAUCGUUUCGGGUUCAUCUGGCUGGAGCUGAAAUCCUUCAGCCUCUACAGCCGGAUCAAGAUCUCUUUCCAGAACGCCGAGGCGCCGUCCCGAGAGGCCUUCGAUGAAAUGCUCAAAAACAUUCAGUCAAUGACUACUUGACAGGCGGCCCCUGGUGGACAGAGGAGGGAUUGCAAAGAAGGCUUCUGCUCUCUCCUGCCAAGGACAGAACCCCGGCCUCUGGUACCUCCGAACAAAAGCAUGCACUUUUCAGUAAGGCCUUUUUGCCAAAAUCUACACAUCCCUGUUAGAAUAUAAACAGAAUUCCCACACUACUCCCUGGCAGUACUUUCUAUAUAGUCUGCGACACAGCUCUGCAUAGUGGGAGGGAACCUACACAGGAGGGAAAUGAGCAUGCUCGCAUUUUUAAAAGAAUGUAUCAGAGCAAAAUU